GCCCUUCAAGUUGAAACUACGCACACAAAGAGCAUUGUUAUUUGAAGAGAUUAUCUGACAUACUAGGUACUUUGUAUUUGAUGUUUGUCGCGAAGACAUCUUAAGUACAACCUCAUGACAGUGUUCUGCAAGCGUACCAAAUACCGUAUUACAAUCAUACAAUUAAUCCAACAAAUUACUCUUAUAAAGAUGACUAACGCAGAGUCAUUCGUAAUGGCACAACACUCUGCGAUAAAAGCAACUUGCGGCCAAGCCGAGCUUCUCGUAGGCACAUGCCACUACGCGUGCGGUCAUAGAUUCAACUGGAUUCUUGACUACGUCCUUCAACGAACGGGAACACGCUCACCAAGUGCCCAUGAUUGUCCCAAGUGUACCGCCGACCCCGUUUGUCUUAUCUGCCUUCAUCGCUUCGAUGCUAAGGCGUUUGAUGCUUGCCAAAGAUGUGAUUGCUUUUUCCACGAAUCGCUUCUCGCAAACCGGCACAGGAAACUUAAGCAGAUGGGUGUCAGGGCCGCCGAACAUAAGGCCACCACUUUCAUAAGAAACAAACUCGAGUUUGAAAAGAACAGGCUUCGGAGAAAGGGGUUUGUGGUGUAAUUAAUCGUACCUAAGUAGCAAAUUAUGGGACCGGAGAUGACCGGAAAUCUGCAGCCAUUGCCGGCGCAUAUAACCGGUGAUUUCUCUUAACUCCGGUAGGCUUGACAUUUUCUUAGUAAC